AUGAUGGAACGACUUACAUUGAUAGUCUUGUUUAUAAAUGUUUGUACCGCGUUAUGUAAUCAAGAUAGACCAGUAGUCCUGGAUAUCUCCAAAGAUUCCAAUCCAGGUAUCGCAGUAAGCCGAAAAACACUACCCAGUGGAGUCAAGGUCGUGGCGUUUGAAUCUCAAGAAGAUAAACCUAUAAGAAAAGUGAUAAGUAGUACACUCUUAGUUUGGGGGAGCUUCAGCAAUGUCAAUAGCUGCCAAAGCGUUUGUGUAUAUCUCGAGGAAGAAGAGACAAGAGCUCUAGAACUCACAUUUAAAGACACUCAGGGCGUAAAACAAAAUGAAAAGUUUGUGUAUGUCAAUAACGGUUGGUUGAAAGUAACGGAUGAUAUGUUUACAAGUGUAAUCAAUGAAAUAAAAGUACCUUCCAGAAAACAAGGUGACGAUAAAGAUGCAGGAACAUUUGCCAGAUGGGCAUCACUCGUGAUCUUCCCGGCAACUCUUGCCAUUUACCUUUAUAUGCAGUAA